CUUCCGCCCACAAUAUUUAAUAUGUAAAAUAAUAUGUGAUUCUCUUCCAUUCCGUUUGUUUGUUUUUUGCACAAAGUCCACGAGCAUUGCAACUUUUCAUUUCACUGCACAUCUCGUAUGUGUAUGUGACAAGUAAACUUGACUUGGCUUGACUUGACUUGACUUGCAAUGGAAAUAUUAAAUACAAGUCAGCACAGGUUUAAGAUGAGAAAGGGAUGAUUUAACGAAGAUUUUCAAAUGUGAGUUUUUACUACUUAAAUCGAAUUUUAACCUAAUUUCCCCUCUGUUGCAGGUCCGGUGCCCGUUCGUCUGGUGAAUGGGAACAACAUGUGCUCCGGGAGAGUGGAGGUCUAUCAUAACUCCACCUGGGGCAAUGUCUGUGGCAGGAGCUGGGAUAUCAAUGCGGGGAACGUGGUCUGCAAGGUGUUGAACUGUGGGACGGCCUGGUCAGUAACAAAAGCUGUCUCCUACGGAGAGGCUACUGGGAACAUCUGGCUGGAUGGGGUGAAGUGUAACGGUACAGAGCCUGCCCUUGACCAGUGUGCUGCCAGCCCAUGGGGGGUGAAUAACUGCACACACAGAGAGUUCGCUGGAGUCUCCUGCUCAGGUCCGGUGCCAGUCCGUCUGGUGAAUGGGAACAACAUGUGCUCCGGGAGAGUGGAGGUCUAUCAUAACUCCACCUGGAGCACCGUCUGCGGCAGGAGCUGGGAUAUAAAUGCGGGGAAUGUGGUCUGCAGGGUGUUGAACUGUGGGACGGCCCGUCAGUAA